UUCACUAAACCAAACCAGAAGCUCUCUUAUCGUCUUCUCAUGUCGAGAGGGACAGACCGCCUGUUCAAGAACCUGAAGCAGUUCGCCGAUGGUCAGUACACGCAAUUGUCGGCCCGUUACGGGCAACAAGUCAUAGACAUUCUCGACUUCCCCAUCAAGCUUGUCUUGUCUCCUUUCACUCUCGCCUUCGACAUCGCCGGUUCUGCCCCUCGCGGUUUCGGCAUCCCCGAGUUUAUCUCCAAACUAUCUUAUCUCUCUGUCUUCGCCGUUGCCACACUUGGAACCUAUGACAUUGCAUUGGAGUUGGGAAAGAAAGUGAUAUGCCAAAGGGAUUGCAAAACAUGUAAUGGAUGGCAAGCUUUAAGGUGCACCAUGUGCAAAGGAACAGGGAGAGUUCACUAUCAAAUAAAGGAUUACAACUUGAGAAGUGGAGAGAAGCCAACAGCGGAUAGUGUUGCGGAUGCAAUUGUUGAGAAUCGAGCUGAGUUGGUGCAUCUUCCAUCAUCCAUUAACCUUAGUGCACCAUUGCCAUCUAAAGACUGCCCAACCUGUGAUGGAACAGGGGUGAUGAGCUGUCCUGAGUGCAAGAACAAGCUCCAAGUCAAAAUCUCAGCUGAUGAUAUCAUGGAACCUCCAUGGAAAGCCUAUAAUGUGCUGAGGAAGAUGGAUUAUCCCUAUGAGCACAUCGUCCACAGCAUGAAAGAUCCCAACAUUGCAACAUUUUGGUUGAUAACUUUGCCUCAAGUCGUGGGCGGGUUUGAAUAUGAUGAAGAUGUCAAGCGGAAAAUAUGGUGGCAAUAUGAGGAAUCUAUGAGGUAUGAUCAACUUCGGGAUUUGGUGGCUAAGCGAAAGCCAGGCUGGGAAUAUUUGCAGGAAGCCCUUAUCUCCAUUGAUCCUGUUCGUGCCCGCGAAGAUCCUCUCAUAGUGAAAAACGUUCCUUAUUACAAAGCAAAGAAAGCAUUGGAAGCUGAAGUCAUGAAACUCGAUGUUCCGUCUCGUCCUCAGAACUGGGGUGACUUGAACCUUCCGUUGAGUUCUUCCUCUUGGAGUGAAGAGGAUCUCAAAGAUUCGGCAAAGCUUUACGAGAAGACUGUUCUUCUCAACGCUCAAAGAGAAAUCGCUGACAAGAUCUUGGAUGCGCAGUGGGAAAGUAAAUGGCGUCAAGAGAAGUUGGAGGAGAUGUUGGAGGAGAAGGUGCGACCUUACAUGCAAGAUCCAAGCACGGCCGUUCUUCCUCAACCCAUCUUGCUAAAGUCCCAUAAGAAAGAUCAAAAGGGAAAUAAGCAGAGGAGAUGGUGGUUCUUCUGACCAGUUCAACCUCGAACAAUCUAAAAGAAUCAAAAAAAGAAAGUGAAAGGAGAGUGUAUUUGACGUUAUUGCUCCAUGAUUUGCCGUUGAAAAGCAAUGGUGGGGGGUCCGAGACACACAAGCGUAUGAAUCGGAUUUGUCAGUUGGUCACUGUUUUUGAAGUUCAGUUGCCGACACUUGGCCGAUUCGUAGCGUAGGCUCCGAUGCCAUUCUUAUCUGUAGAAAUCAUACGUGGGGUCCUUAACCUUACGAUACGUUUCUCUGAACGGUCACGUGUCCUUUGUAAGAGCGUCUUUGAGUUAAAAUGCCAUUGUCAUGUCCAAAUCACUUGGAACUACGUUGAAUUCAGUCGGUGCCGUACAACUCUUGAAUUUGAGCCACUGUGUUGGACCAACUUGAUGCAAAUUUACCUUUUUGGAUUA